AUGGUUUACACAGAUAAUUGUCCAGUUUUGAGCGAUACUGAAUGGAGAGAUAAUUGUCAAUUUUUUGUAAUUCGUAAUGGAGAAACCCCAUCUGAUUGGAUGAAACGAAUCUGGGAUCAGUUAAUGAACUAUAAGAAUAGUAAUCGCUUGAAUGAUGACAAAAAGCGUUAUCUCAUUGCGAGAAAGAUGGUGUAUUUAUAUGAGAGUGAUCUUGGCUAUGCUAUAGAUAUAAGUAUAGCAAUCUGUUAUUUGUGCAACAAGCUCAUUUAUUCUAAAAUGGGAUGUGGAUAUGAGUGUGGAUUUCGUCAUUUUAUGAAUGAGCAUUGGAGUACAAAUUGCACAGGAAAUGCUUAUUGUGAUAUUA